AGCUGCUGCUGUGACGUAGCCGUCAACCAACACAUAUAGACACCGGCUGCCGCUGAGCCUGCUCCAGUCUCAAUGUGGGGGGAAAUGACCGCGAGUGACCUCAAAGGAAACACUGUAUUUUAGCGACCGCUCAACAUUUGCAUUUUGUUUUGAUUUCCAUCAAACGGCAAAGCUUUAACUUGACAUUUUGGCGUUAGACACGUAAAAUAAGGGGAAAAUAAUUAGCUCUAACGUUAAGUCGGGUGACAAUCCCUCGAUUUGAAAGCAGCGGUGCUAACACAAGCUAAGCUAAGCUCAAGCAGGGCAAGUCGGUGCUGCAGAUGCUAGGCUAAGCUAGGCUAGUUUCUGUCAUGGAUAAAGCCAAGUCAAUGAUGGACAAGAAAGGAGCGACGGGACCUUUCCAUGUUAACAACGGGCAGAGCCAGCGGGGAUUUCACGGACACGUCGCGGUAGCCACUAACGGUGGUUGUUGCAGCAGUAAUGCGUUAGGUUCGAGCACCGGAGCGAGCAGCGGACCCUUUGAGAACAUGCAUCUCCUGCACCGCGGGGACGAUGCGGAGUGCCACGGCUCCCCGGCGAAGAGGUGCAGGCUACGGCGGAGGACGGAGUCGGUCAGACGGCACAGACCACCUUUCCCCUGGUUUGGUAUGGACAUCGGUGGCACAUUAGUGAAGUUGGUGUACUUUGAGCCAGUUGAUAUAACAGCAGAGGAAGAGCAGGAAGAAGUGGAAAACCUCAAGUCCAUCCGCCGCUACCUCACCUCAAACGUGGCCUAUGGCAAAACAGGAGUCCGUGAUGUCCACCUGGAGCUGAGGAACCUGACCAUGUGCGGCAGGACGGGAAACCUACACUUCAUCCGCUUCCCGACUCAGGCCAUGCCUCGUUUUAUCCAGAUGGGUCGCGACAAGAACUUCUCCAGCCUUCACACAACUCUCUGUGCCACUGGAGGUGGAGCAUACAAAUUUGAGAACGACUUCAGAACGAUGGCCGACCUGGAGCUGCUGAAGCUUGACGAGCUGGACUGCCUGAUCCGCGGCCUGCUGUUUGUCGACCGGGUGAGCUUCAAUGGACACCAAGAGUGCUACUACUUCCAGAACCCAUCAGACACCCAGAGCUGUGUGAAGAAGCCCUGCACCCUGGACAACCCCUUCCCCAUGCUGCUGGUCAACAUCGGCUCUGGGGUCUCCAUACUGGCCGUGUAUUCAGAGAACAAUUACAAACGUGUGACUGGGACCAGUCUGGGAGGUGGAACAUUCCUGGGCCUUUGCUGUCUGCUGACAGGCUGCGAGACGUUCGAGGAGGCGUUGGAAAUGGCCAGCAAAGGCGACUCUACCAACGUGGACAAACUGGUGAAAGAUAUCUACGGAGGGGACUACGAGCGCUUUGGCCUGCAGGGCUCCGCUGUUGCAUCAAGUUUUGGUCACAUGAUGAGCAAAGAGAAGCGAGACAGCAUCAGUAAAGAAGACCUGGCCAGAGCCACACUGGUCACCAUCACUAAUAACAUAGGAUCCAUAGCAAGGAUGUGUGCGGUCAAUGAGAAAAUCGAGCGUGUGGUGUUUGUGGGGAACUUCCUUCGUAUCAACACAGUGUCCACAAAGCUGCUAGCCUAUGCCAUGGACUUCUGGUCUAAAGGACAACUGAGGGCCCUCUUCCUGGAACACGAGGGGUAUUUUGGAGCUGUUGGGGCGCUGAUGGAGCUGCUCAAGACCUCUGAGGAUCCAUGAAGUCAUGGCAUGUCAUGACAUCAUCAACUCUAACAAAGACGAUGUCAUCCAACCCCUGUACGCUGUGAUGUCAUCAACUUUCGACGCUGCUGAGUGGUCCCGUUCAAACAGGGCCACUAAAGGAACACUAAGAGAUGAACACAGAAACUGAGAAAAGCCAUUUAAUAAUUUAACUCUUGUAAAUAGUUAAUAACCUCUAACACUCAUCUCCUAAAUUUCCUAAAUUUCCCAGAGUCCCCCCUAUUAUAGAGGUUUAAUAUUUUAAUCUUUAAUUUAUGGUUUCCUGUAAUUACCUCUGUUGUUUCCUGUAACCGGGCCGGGGGUCAGGAGGUACAGAGGGUUUUAGUGGGUUUUUUUGUUUUGUUUUGUUUUGUUUUGUUACUUUGUGUGAAAAGCUACUGUAGCAUUAUGGAGGCUGGGAUGCCUUGGUGACUAUUUUUGCAACAAUAUUAGGACAGGAUGUCUGCACAGAGAAGAAUUUGUCUUUUUUACCACAUAGUGGUCACCCAGCAUCAAGCUGCAGCUGAAAAACAGUAAAACGAAAAGGUUUAUAUGUUUGGAAGGCAUUUUGUUGCACAAAAAGUAGGCCACCACGCUGCAGUCUUACAGAGUGCACUGAAGCCAAAUCCUGUUGUGGUUCGUACAAAUUCCGCCUCCUUCAGAUCAGACAGUAGGCAGAAAACUUUCUCUCUUUUUUUUUUUUACUCUUUAGUUGCUCCGCUGCACAUUGGCCUUUUUGCUUUUUGUUUGUGUCUCUUCCGUUUGCCAACAUGAAAACAACAUUAACAACACAUAUACAUACCAAGCUGACCUGCUGAGUUUAGUUUAAGAUUAAGGGACCAAGUCUUCCAACAGAAAGCUUUGUCUGCAUUGUCUAUUUCUGUUGACGGGCAUCACCACACUUCAGUACAGUCUGGUCCGGGAGCUGGAGUCUCCCCCUUCCCUGUCUAUCAGUGUGAAUUACACUUCAGCAGGUCAGACGCCUUCUUUCCUCACCCUCUAGCUCCAUUUCCACCCUGCUGCCUUGUUUGGAUGAUGCAGUGUGAUUUCAUUCAUGUUAAGACCAUAUGACUCAUAGCAUUACAAAGGUUCAGCACUUGGGCUGUAGAUGCAAAUGUGGAACAUGGUAACACCUUUUGGGGGGUGGCAAUAGGGACCAAGAUGGUUCAUUAAGAUUGUAAUAACUCUUCUGUAUCGUUAUCAGCACGUGUACUUGAGGGAGCAACGUACCCUCUGAUGAUCUCUGAUUAAAUGUGAUAUCACUCUGAAGCAAAUGCAAACAGAGCAGAGAUUGACAACAACCUGCUGUAGUGAACUAGGAGGCUCAGGUCUGGAUGACAAAUAUAUAAGCAGGCAGUCAACAGAAUUAUUGUUUAGCAGAAUCAUUCAGAUUAUUUUUAACACAAUCUGAUCUCUAAAUCACAACCUCAUCACCUCUAGUCACAUCCUCUGCAUUAUAUAACAUCCUGGACCUUUUAGAGCCUUUCACCUCUGUUUAAUGUCAAGCAGCUGAACUAUGAAGCUGGGACAAUGAGGUGUCUCAAUUGCUUUCCUCUGCGCCACUGUCUACAUGCCUUUACUCUCCUGCAGAGAAACCGUGCUCUUCCCCCGUUUUUUGAAUCACAUUUAGUCUUUUUCACCUCCAUGCAGUCUUUUCACUCAAGACUACUUCCUUUAAAAAAGUACCUCCAAAAUCACCUCUACCCAUACUUAAUAUUGGUUAGAUUUGUGGCUUCUGAGCCUGAUCUUUACGGGACCCGUAGUACAGUAACAAGGGUAAAAUGCUAAUCAGAUAGUUGAAUAUAAUACAAGUCCUUUCAACUUCUUUGGGACAAACUCUCCUCUUCACCAUCUAGUGAACCCUUGGACUUCACGUUUACCCUGAUAAUGAACAUGUUUGCUGAUCUGCAGUUCUUUUCAUUAGUUUAUUGUUAAAAAGAUAGAAAGGACAGUUGGAUUUAUGGCCACGUCGUUCUUAGGACGUUUUAGAUAAGAUGUAUUUAUCCACAGUGACUUACAUUUCGCUAACAUUUUACAUAAAAGUUUUGCACCAUUUGAUGUAAUUAAAUUAGCAAAUUACAAACUAAAAGUUAACGAGUCAUAGGGUUAGAUAAUAAUCCAAUCUUCAUUUUAGUACACAGUUCUAUUAGAAUGCAGACACUUUGGCCAGUGUGAAGAGUUAAACAUCUAGUUCAUGACAUCGAUGAUGGAUGUGUUCAAUACAGCUUGUUUUCAGUUGUGACUCUUCACACUGUUCUUUCCGAGUGCUUUUUUUUCUUUUUUAAUUUGCCUUGUUCCAACUCAUGUUUGGAUGAUGAGUGGCCUCCAGCCUUCAGAUGCCACUCGGUCACAAGCCCAUAAGUUGCCUUCACUGUGUGUUUGCCUGUUUACAUCGUGUUAGUGCCCUUCACUCUCCUGUAUGGAUUCAUUGUUCACCUGCUCAACUUCACCUCAAUGUUUUUGAAAAGUCAUGCUAGCAGAUACAUCUUUGUUUCACUCUUGCUUUAGGUGUUUUUCUUUUUAAAAUACUUAUUUUGGGAAAUACAGAGAAUUAGAAUUUU